AUGGCUCAAUCACUUUUUGUACAUACUGGACCUGAACCCGUUGACACAGUGGAUUUGCAUUUAAAAUUAUUUUGCAAAUUAAAAAUUUUUCAAACUGAUACAAAAUAUAAAACUGGGAAUUGUAAUUUAUUAGCUUCAUCUCAACAUUAUGGAUUAAUUUUUGUUGGAAAUUUAAAUGGAUUUACAGUUAUAAAAGCCAAAAAUAUCAAAUCGACUACAAAUGUCAAUAAUUAUCCAAGAAGAGAUGUCAUACUUAAUAAUAGGCCAUGUCAUCUAUCUGUCGAUUUUUCUCAAAAAAUACUCGGAGUUGUGUGUAACACAAAACCUGGUGCUGUAUUGCACUUGUACAAUAUAUCUUCUUUGUCAUCAGAAGUAACUAACAUCACUAAAAAUCCAAAUGCUGAAAUUUCCGACUUGAUGUGGCAACCGAAUAAUGAUGGGACAGUAAUGAUAUGCUUAACUGACGGGUCAGUUCUUUCGAUUAAUCCGAAAAAUAAAGAAAAUUCCACAUUUAUUUUACCAAGCAGUACUCAGGCUAGUCCAAAGGGCAAACAAAUAGUUAUCGGUUGCCAUAAUGGAACACUUUCACAAUAUAAGCCAGAUCUAAAACUUGUAAAAACAUUACCUGUUCCUCCAUUUUUCAAUGGAUUUGCAACCAUUGUAAGCGUUUUAUGGAUUUCUAAUUACCAGUUUGCUGUUGCUUACAGUGAUAAAAAUAAUCCUUCUUCAUUUCCUAUUAUUACAAUUGUCAAUGCCACUAAAAAUGAACCUAUUAAUAUUAUUAACUAUGAAGAUAUUACAUACAGCAGCACAUUUUCUAGAAACCAUCAAUUAUAUUUGACUCAUCACAGUGCAUGGAAUCUAAUUUUUGUCAGUUCGGCUAACAGUAUUGAAGUAGCAGUACUUCAUUCAAAAGAUAAUUCAUCAUGGGAACAAUGGCUUUUAGGAGAUUCUUCACGAGCAGAACUUCCAUUAAAUGCUGCCAAACAAGAAACUUAUCCUUUAGGAUUGACUUUUGAUUUUACCAGUGAAGAUGCGAUUCCCUGGGGAGAAAGUAUUUUACCUCCAAUGCCUCGUUUAUUAUUAUUAUCAGAUGAAGGAAUUCUUUGCAUUUUUAAUGUUAUAAAUUUAAAUGCCAGCGCUCCUCAACUUUGUGGACCCGCUAAAGAGCACUUGCCGGAUGCAAUUUUCACAUUUAACCCUGCAUCAACUACAACUUUACCUGCUCCUGCACAACCAAUUAUAACUGAACAACCUAAAGCACCUCAAAAUACAUUUUCUUUUACAUCAGGAACGUCAAUGGAAAAUUCAAAACCAACAUUUACAUUUGGAAACAAUACAUUUUCAAGUUUUGGAGGAUUUUCAUCUCAGGCUCAAAAUUCUAAUACUGAAACCAUUGUUUCCUCAGCGACAGAAAAAAUUGCAGAGGGAAAUAAGGCUCCACAGCAGCAAAACCAAUUUCAAUCAUUACAACAGCAAUAUAUGUUUCAAAAUACUCAACAAAAACCUCAACCACAAAUUUCUCAACAGCAGAAUUUAUUACAAACUUCGCAACAACAAAAUAUUCAAACAAGUAGUAUUGUUAAUCAAAAACCUCCUGCUUCUUCAGCUCCUUUGUUUGGUAAUAUGUCUCAACCAGGAAAUGCUCCCAAUCCAACUUUUUCCUUUAUGACACCUCAAAAUAUUUUUAAUUCAAAAGCUGUUGUAUCUCAACCUCCCCUCGUCAGUUCAACAAAUACAGCAACUGAAGCAAAGGAAGCUUCUAUUAAAGAAAAACCAAUAACAGAAGGGAUUUUUGGUGGUAAAACUAAUUUGCCUCAAUCUACUCCCAUCAAAGCGUCUGAAGGAGAAAAUAAAGCAGCUGUUAAAUCAGAAAACUUGAUCGCUGAAAUCGAUAGCAAAGUAAAAGAAAGCUCUGGUUUACCAGAAACUCAAGUUUCUGCGGUUCCUGAACCUCCUGCUGUCGAUGAUAGCGUAUACUGGAACGCUUUGCGAGAUGAAAUCGAUCAUUUUAAUUCAGAAUUGCAAACAUUGUUUACCAAGGCGAAAACUCUUAACAUUAAGGUUGGCUCGACAGAUGAUAAAAUCAACAUGCAAAAAACCAUAGAUAAUUUGAAUAAUUUUUUAAAAGAUUUGAAAGAAACGACAAUUAUUCAAAGUACGGAAAUUCAUUCCGCCAUUGCAGAUCUUAUGGAAUCCUUUGCUUGGGUUGAAGACGCUAAAUCUAGAAAUGUUCAAAGGAAAAAUCCAGCGUUUAUAGAAUUGAAAAAAGCUGAAGAAUUGGAUCCGAUCAGUUCAAAGUACAUGCACGAAAUAAGAUUGAAUAAAUAUUACAUUAACAAUCAAUUAAAGCAGUUAAUUUCUUACAUUGAAAAAGAAUGGGUGGAACAUCAAGAUAGUUAUAGAGCGCAAAUUAAGAACCAAAUGACCGUGCCUACACUGGAAGAAGUUUACAAAACAAUGCAUUUACAACUGAAAAUUUUAAGCAAACAAAAAUCAUUGAUAGAAGAAAUCAAAGCCAGAGUUGCUGUGGAAAGGUGCAAGAAUAAAAAUGCCAAAGUUGUUUUAAACAAUUCUUCUGCAUCAAUAUUAACAUCCAAUAAUGAUAAAAAUAUUUCUGCAAUAAAUGAUCUUGAAAUCACAAAAUCUCAAUUCAAACUCAUUCAAGAGAGAUCAAAAAAAUUAACGUCAGAAAAACAAAACGUUCUUAGAGAUAUUUUUAGCGAACGUGACAUGGUUAAAAUUAGGCCGGUAAAAUCAAAUUUAGAAACAAGUUCGUUUCUUCGUUCGUUAAUCUUGGAAAAAUCAAGUCAAAAGGCUUUAGAGGCUUCGAAUAAAAUAAAUAAAAAAGAAAAAGCGGAGAAAGUUGAAGUUAAUAAAUUGGAUAACGUAGAAUUAACCAAGACGAAAAUGGAUAUAAUUACAAAACCAAAUAUUGAAUCCAAAGAGAAAACGCCGGUUAAAACUUUGGAACCGACUAAAAAUAUGUUUAUUUUCGGUGAUAAAAACAAACAAACCAACGUAUCAGCUGUUUCUAAUUCUUCGAGUUCAAAAGAAAAGUCACCGUUAAUAUCGCUUAUUUCCAGUGCGUCGGAUUUAAAGUUUACAACUAAUCAAAUCAAACCGACCGGAAAUUUAUCGAAUAAAGUUGAAGAAUCUAAAUCAAAGCCAGUAUUCACCUUUGGACUUGCAAAACCUUCAGAUCAGGGAUUUGGAAAACCUGCAGAAACUAUUAAAUUUAAUGGAAAGCUUAGUUUUAACAGUUCUUCGAACACGACUGCUCCAGCUAAAACAACGGCAGCAACUGCAGAAGCAAUUAAAGUUACAAAUGUUUUUACAUCUAUGAGCAGCGGCACUUCUACACCUUUUAUUUUUUCAUCCACUCCUACUACUAGUACCUUAUCUGCUACGUUUUCGGGCUUUCAAAAACCAAUUAUUUCAUUUGAUAGUAAGCAGUCGAGUUUUGGAAAUGCAAAUCCUUCUUCAAUUUUUUCCGCUUCUUCCGUUCAAAGCCCCAGUUUAAAUACCUCUAACAUUUUCAAGCAAAAUACUUCUCCGCCAGAGGUAAAAUUUCAAGUAGCUGGAAAAGAACCCGCCACUGUCACGACUUCGUCUCAAAAUUUACUGUCAAAUUUUUCAAUUCAAAAAUCUUCAUUCCCUUCAUCUGCUCCUAUUUUCGGUGUUGCCAAAACCACAUCCACCGUUUCCAAUGCAUCUAAUUCCUUCACUUCAACGCCCGCCGUAAGUAAAGGAAUUCCAGUUACUGAAGUUUCAGUUAUAACCAGUAAACCGGAAACAGAAACGGAAGAAGUUGAUGUUGAAUCUGUUGAUGAGCCUAAAAAUUUGGAAAAAACUUUAAUUUCUAAAAAUACACAAAAUUCAAAUAUGCAAAAGGAAGCUAUAAGUACUGGAGCGAUUGGAUUUUCGUUCAGUAAAACGCUAUCAGAAGCGAUUUCUACGUCUGAAGCCUCUACUCCGACUAGUUUACAAAACUUAUCUACUCAAAAUACUACAGCUUCUACAAUUUUUGGUAAACCGUCUGCAUCUAGGUUUUCAAAAACAUCUCCAACUCUGCCCUCGGCAAAUUUUUCUAUCUCUCUAACUCCUGCAAUUAAUGCUCCUGCUACCGUGGUAGCAACACCUGCAAGUGUUCAGACGACUUUUUCUCAGCCGAAAACAACCACAGGAAUACCAGUCAGUGCAAAUGUUUUUUCUACUCCCGCUAGUACUAUUCCAUCAUCCUCUUCCGUUACAACAUCAGUCGUUGCAACCACUAGUACUGCAAAUGUUUCUUCUUCCACUGGUGUUUUUACUACUAGCUCCAAUAAUACAAGUAACGUUUCUUCAUCUGCAACAACUGUCGUUGCUUCUAUUGCUGGUGUGACCUCUACAAGCACCGCUCCUCUUCCUACUACAACAAGUGUUACUUCUGUUACUGCAACCACCGUAAGCGUUGCUUCCACCGUUUCGUCUUCGGGUGGUAUUUUUGAAAUUUCGUCAACGGGUCCUGAUGCUGCGAAAGGGUCGUCCACAGUUACAACUCCAAGUAUUUUCGGAGGUGGAACAAUAUCUACCCCGACAUCUAAUAUUUUUGGUGGUUCUACUAGCAUUCAACCGAUUCUCGGUCAAGCUGAUUCUCAAUUAACAUCCACAACAACAACCGGUAUCUUUAGUAAUUCCGUUCCGAAAACAAGUUCUUUUGGGCAGCCUUCUACUCUUGCAUCGGCUUCUCAAGCUUUUAGCAAUUCCGUCUCUGAAACUACCGCCAUUUUCGGUUUAUUAUCGCCUAACAGUAAUAAAACGGAUAAUUCUUUCGUAACUUCUUCUACAACACCCACAACUUCAGCAAAUAUUUUUAGUACUCCCAAAAGUAUUUUCGGUGAUUCUAAAAGUGCGGGCAACGUUUUCGGAGAUGCUAAUAAGGCCUCCGUGUUUGGUGGUCAAAGUGGUUCUAUAUUUGGAACAACAUCAUCAAAUGUAUUCGGACAAACAUCAAAUUCGAAUUCAAAUUCAGUUUUCGGACAAACCAUUUGUUCACCUUUCGGAGGAAAUGCAUCAGGAGAAGGUGGAGGAUUUGGAAGUAAACCAAUUUUCGGUCAGAGUUUAUUUGGACAAACUACUAAUAAUAACGCUUCGGUUUUUGGUGGAUCACCUAAUUCAUCAAUAUUUGGAGGAUCUUCAACUUCGCAGACUUCGCCGGGAAACGCUUUUCAGUCGGGAACCACAGGCACGUUUGGGGCAACUUCAUCUGGCCCGUUUAGCAGCGUGCAAGACAGUGUUGCCAAAACCGGAUUCAGCGCUGGGAACACUCCGCCAGUAUUUGGAGGUGGUCCUUCCAUUGCUCCAGCAUUUGGAGCCGCUCCGACUUUUAGCGGAUCUGCCACAUUCGGCUCGCAGCCCACUUUCGGAAGUUUUCCACAAGGUCAACAAUGUUCGACUACAUUUGAAACUUUUGCAAAUCAAAACACGAUGGGAUUUGGUAAUUUGGCUCAACAAUCUCAAAAUCAAGGUUUCGGUGGUUUUGGCUCUUCUCCAGGUUUCGAAAAUAAAAAUCCUGCAGGUUUCAGAGGAAGUUCUUUUUCGAGCUGGAGAUCCAAGUGA